CCAGGCCGGGCGGCUCUGCUCGGCAUCUGGGGACGCUCGCUGCUCUCUGCGCCCGGCCCAGCUUCUUUCAAAAUGUCUACUGUUCAUGAAAUUCUCUGCAAGCUCAGCUUGGAGGGUGAUCACUCCACACCCCCAAGUGCUUAUGGGUCCGUCAAAGCCUACACCAACUUUGAUGCUGAGCGGGAUGCUUUGAACAUCGAAACGGCCAUCAAGACCAAAGGUGUGGAUGAGGUCACCAUCGUCAACAUUUUGACCAACCGCAGCAAUGCACAGAGACAGGACAUCGCCUUCGCCUACCAGAGAAGGACCAAAAAGGAACUUGCAUCAGCGCUGAAGUCAGCCUUAUCUGGCCACCUGGAGACGGUGAUUUUGGGCCUAUUGAAGACACCUGCUCAGUACGACGCUUCUGAGCUAAAAGCCUCCAUGAAGGUAGAUGGGUGUGCAAUGUCAUCUCUGUCAAAUCUGCUACUAAUAUUUGUGAAUUACAGCAUUCUAAAUGUUAAUUAGGUGAUUCUUCAGUUUUACGAUCUGGAGAAGGACAUUGUUUCUGACACAUCUGGAGACUGCAAGCUGAUGGUUGCCCUCGCAAAGGGUAGAAGAGCAGAGGAUGGCUCAGUCAUUGAUUAUGAACUGAUUGACCAAGAUGCCCGGGAUCUCUAUGAUGCUGGAGUGAAGAGGAAAGGAACCGAUGUUCCCAAGUGGAUCAGCAUCAUGACCGAGCGGAGUGUAUGCCACCUCCAGAAAGUAUUUGACAGGUACAAGAGCUACAGCCCUUAUGACAUGUUGGAGAGCAUCAAGAAGGAGGUCAAAGGGGACCUGGAGAAUGCCUUCCUGAACUUGGUCCAGUGCAUCCAGAACAAGCCCCUGUACUUUGCCGACCGGCUGUAUGACUCCAUGAAGGGCAAGGGGACUCGAGACAAGGUCCUGAUGAGAAUCAUGAUCUCGCGCAGUGAAGUGGACAUGCUGAAAAUCAGGUCUGAGUUCAAGAGGAAGUACGGCAAGUCCCUGUACUACUACAUCCAGCAAGACACUAAGGGCGACUACCAGAAAGCGCUGUUGUACCUGUGCGGCGGGGACGACUGAAGCGCCCGGGAACGGUGCUCGCCGCGCUUCCAGCUAACACGCCUAGAAAACCAGCUUGCCGCUAACAGCCCUGUGGCCGUCCCGAGAGGAGGGCGUCAGCGUUGCCCCCAGCCUUAUCUUAGCAGCCCGAGCAUUGCCUGGCCUUCCUGUCUAGUCUCUCCUUUAAGCCAAAGAAACGAACAUUCCAAGCAGUUGGAAACGGCGUCUAUGAUGUGAAACACUCUGCCUCUUGUGUACUGUGUCAUAACCAGGUGAAUAAACUGAAUUUUUACUUUAAAGACAA